GAGGAGGCCAAGAAGUAUAAGGAGGCGUCCAGUAAUUUGCCUAAAAAGGGUUGUCCCAAACGAGAAUCAUUGUGUAUGCAAUUAUUAGAGAAAUUCAAGACUCGUCUCUUGACUACGAAAGAGAGAAAAAACUCAGAAGAGUCGGAGGAAAAAGAGGGCAACACAUCAUCCGAUUGGCUCUCACAUCACCUCCAGUGCCAGAAAGAGGAGACCAUUUUGGCCAAAGACGCCAACUUAAGGAACGAAGAGGACUGGUAUGACAUCUAUGACCCCAGAAAUCCCAUCAAUAAGAGGCGGCGCGAAGAGGGGCUCGAGAAGAAUGCGAAGAAACCUCGCGUUAAAUAAUUGUUUCGAUUUCAUUAUAAAUACUUUCAUAGAAACCAUAUUAUUAUCGAUUGUUUUCUAAGAUUUAUUUUUACGCUUUCAGACAAUUUAUGACUUAUUUAUCACUUCCAAUGACUACAGAAUACAUUUGAAGAUUUCUUGUUUUCAGUAACACUAUUGUGAUAUUAAACUGUGAAUUCAUUUACACACAAUAGGACUGACACUUUGAAAUGUUAUUGAGUUGUGAGCUAUUAAUUGAUGGCUAACCGUAUCUAAAUUAAUCUUAAUUAAUCCAAAUUAUAUGUUUCUAACCCUUAAUAUUCUAAUAUUUAAAUUUUAUUUAUUUUUGCCUAAAAUAAUUGCAGUGAAAUAUGAAAGCAAAACAAAGUUGGUCUAAAAUGUCAGUUAACCUAUGAUUUAACUGUAAAUAUUGUUAAAUAGUUUACCAAUUCAAUAAAC